CAGCGCUGAGGGCUCAGUGGCGGGGGCGCAGUCGCCUGGGCGGCGGGCGGCGGGACGCACCGGGUCAGGGGCCGGAGAGGUACCCGCCAACGCCAUGGACCUGAUAUCAGCGCUGAGCCUGGGAGAGCUAGCGCUCAGCUUUUCACGGGUGCCGCUCUUCCCGGUCUUCGACCUUAGUUACUUCAUCGUCUCCAUCAUUUACCUGAAGUAUGAGCCAGGAGCUGUGGAACUGUCCCGUCGCCACCCGGUGGCGUCCUGGCUGUGCGCCAUGCUGCACUGUUUUGGGAGUUACAUCCUGGCUGACUUGCUUCUCGGGGAGCCCAUCAUUGACUACUUCAGCAACAGCUCCAGCAUCCUGCUGGCCUCUGCUGUGUGGUACUUGAUUUUCUUCUGUCCCUUGGACCUCUUCUACAAGUGCGUCUGCUUCCUGCCCGUGAAACUCAUCUUCGUGGCCAUGAAGGAGGUGGUGAGGGUUCGGAAGAUUGCCGUGGGCAUCCACCAUGCACACCACCACUACCACCAUGGGUGGUUCAUCAUGAUUGCCACUGGCUGGGUCAAAGGCUCUGGUGUUGCCCUCCUGUCCAACCUGGAACAGCUGCUUCGAGGAGUCUGGAAACCAGAGACCAAUGAAAUCCUGCACAUGUCCUUCCCCACCAAAGCCAGCCUGUACGGAGCCAUUCUGUUCACCCUGCAGCAGACACGCUGGCUCCCCGUGUCCAAGGCCAGCCUCAUCUUCAUCUUCACCAUGUUCAUGGUGUCAUGUAAGGUGUUCCUGACGGCCACGCACUCCCACAGUUCUCCAUUUGAUGUCCUGGAGGGCUACAUCUGCCCGGUGUUGUUUGGGGCAGCUUGGGGAAGUGACCAUCACCAUGACAACCAUGGAGCACCACAUAGCGGAGGCUUGGGCACCCAGCACACAGGCCUGCCUGCCAAGGCCAGGGAGGAGCUGAGUGAAGGCUCCAGGAAGAAGAAGACCAAGAAGGCGGAUUAAGGAGCAGCCCCAGGCAUCCACAGGAUGUUGGGGAGAAGGGUGUGGACUCAGGGAACCUCAGAACUUAGGGGCAUACAGAACUCAAGAGCUCCCCUCCACCAGCCUCUACUUCCCUCUCCGCGGUUUGGAGCCAUCCGCUGCUCGCAGGGCUGAUGCAGGGCUGAGAUGCGAGGGUACAGGAGUUGGGUAGGAGUGAGAAGCCCUGCUUUCUGCUAGACCCCCUCAUGACGUCACAGCCUGGGAUCACACCAUCUUCACAGUGCCAGCUGCGGAAGCCCUGGCCAGUCGACUCUUGGUUUUCUUUCUUUGUUCUUUCAAAAUAUAUCUUGUAACCAAAAGCCACGUGGAGCCUCAGUUAGCCAAGUUUUAAGGACAUGCUGGGGUGCCCCGUUCUUUCCAGCCAGGACUUCCCUGUGACUCCUUCUGGGCAUCUCGGGGCAAUUACCUCCUCUGAGCCUCCUGCUUCCUCUCAGUAGCGUGGAGAUCCCAGGUCUUCCUGUGUCCAGAGGGUAGAGAAUGUCAAGUUUCCUAAGCAGCAUCCUGGGCCAGGGAGCCUGCGUGAAGGAUGGCACCGUGUGCUUUGUACGUUAGGCCUAGGAUGUUUGUGUUUGGGCUCAGAAGGUCUCACAAGUUACUCCACUGAGCAGACAGACCCAGGGCUAACCACAGGCAAAAGGAAGGGAGCCACCUUCAUGCGGGGCAGAAUGCCCAAGAGCUAACAGCCUUGCACACUCAUAACUCAUAACACAGCAGGUGUUCCUCAUGCCAGUCAGCAUCGUUCAUUCAUUCAGUCAUUCAACAAACAUGGGUCCACACCUACUCCGUGUGCAGUGUGGUGCUGCUGCUGGGGCGGAGUGGGCCUUGGACAGGGCAAGGGCAUCUGGGGGAGGUGAGAGUGGGGCACGGCUGGGCUUGGGCUUCUGGAAGCACCCCGUGUUGCCUUUUUGCAAGAAAGCAUCUCCUCAUACCUGAGCCUGGAAGCUCCUGGGUUUCCCCAUCCUGGUGUCGAUCAAAGCUCAGUGUGAGUCAUCAGACAAUAAAUGUGUGA